GAUGUCCGACGCCGAGGGCUCCGAGGAAGAAGAGGAGGAGAGGCUCGAUCCCUGUGUCUUGGUGAGUGACUUCUACGCGGCCUGCAAGGCCGGCGAUUCGAAACAAGCGAAGGAGCUCCAAGACUACGACGUGCCGCCCUUCUAUAGUGAUGGGAACUGGACGCCGCUGCACUGGGCCUGUCGCCACGGCAUGGUCGAGAUAGUGGAACGUUUGUUGGAGGACGGGGCCCAUCAACCGUACUUGGACGCCGUCGAGGAGUCGCUGCGACCGCCGCCGGCGCCCGUCGUCAAGGUGUCCUCCGAUGAAGAGGAGGACGAAGAAAAGGCUCCGGCGCCGGCCGAGCCUCAGAUCAAGUUCGGCACGGUGAACAGUAUACCAUCUGCGAAGUUGCUAAAGAAUACACCUUUACAUUGGGCGGCCUUCGGCGGCCAUUUGAGGAUUGUUUGGUUGCUGAUGAAGGCCGGGUAUCGGCCUUCGGACGUUGAUGACGUGGGCAAUUCACCAUUGCAUCUAGCGGCGGCCGGCGACAAGCAUCUCAUUGUAAGAGCUCUUGUGGCGGGCGGUGCCGACGCUCUCGCGAGAAACGACUUCAACAAUGCCCCUGGUCAUCUAGCUACCAGUGAAAGGGUCAAGAAAGAGUUGUUUGAAGCGGAAACCGACCCGCCCCAUCCUUCUACCCGACAAGACUUACAUGAGGCUAAUUUAUCGAGGUACGACGGCGUGAAAGCCACGCUGGAAGCGGAGAUGCAAGUCAUACCACCGGCCGACGCCGACUUCGCUACACUUGAGGCGCAACGAAAGACGCUCGCCGAAGCCCUACAAACGGCUCGAGACGCCUGCAUCGUUAAUGAAGUCAUCGUGAAGGGUGCUGCGGCUUUGAGGAGGUCGGAAGCUAGAUGUGCACUCAGAGAACAAGUAGACGUUGUGGAGGGCGGCGGUCCCACCGUCACGCAACGCGCUUAUGCGAGAGACGUGAACAAGCUUGAAAGACUAAGGAGGGAAGCCAUCAAGGCGGCGGAGGAAGGGGCUGAGUUGAUCGAGGGUGGGGAUCCCACAGGCGGUUUAGGGGCACUGAUGGAGGAGGCCGACGCGCUUGGUUAUCGCAGUCGUUCGGAGUAUUGGUUGUACCAGUGCUGCACGCCGUUGGAUGCGAUCGAUUGUGCCGACGAGUCGUCUGUCAGAUCCCUGGAGAGGUUAGAAAAGGCCAUAGCAGAGGCGGUCCUGCGGAAGGCCCAACCGGAAUUGUUAGCGAGGGGCCAGAAGUUGUUUGCUUGUCGAUCAGCAGAAUUAGAAUUGAAGAGGAGUAUGAGAGAACUACCCUCACCGAAGCUUCCGAUCGAUGACCCCCCGGCGGACUACUGGUCCGAGGAGGACCAGGGGCAUAUCGACGAGACCGAGGAGUACCCGUUACCUCCCGAAGGUGGUGAUUAUGUCUGGAUACCGUCGGAGAUCCUGGGGACGUAUCGAGAAGCCGCGUUGCGCGUCGAACGAGCCUUGGACGAGGCCAAGACCUGCGAGGGCAACGCUAUUUUGGUCGAAGAAGGGCAACUGUCCCACGAGGCCGCCGCCGAGGUCAUGAAGCAGUUGGAAAGAAAAGACGAAGAGGACAAGGCCACGGCAUUGGCCGCCGUCGAGAAGGUGGCCAAGAAGUACAAGAAGGCCAUGAAAAAGAAGUAGCUUUCGCGGCGGGUAAGCCUUGCCUAGU